AAAGCAGUGCGGAGAAAAAAAGUGUUGCGUUCAUCGACUUCUCAUAUGCACGUUUUUUUCCGCCUUAAGAAGUAUUUAUACCUCUACACACGAGUCCAAUUAAAUGGUCCUGGAUCAACCCACAUUGAGCAGAGCAGCCAGUGACCAGUUGGGGCUUCCAUUUGUAAUAACUAGGUUUAGUUUAAUCAAUUCAAGACUAUUGUAAAUUACAUAAUAUCAAUACAUACUUUGGUAAUUGUUUCUUUUAUUAUCUCAAUGAGGUCUUCUUAGAAUUAUUAUUUUUAUUGGUUUUGAAUAUUAUUUAAUCUAUUUCAGAUGCAUUUUGUUUACAACAUUCUGUCACUACCAUUUACUCUCCAAGUAAUGCUGCAAGCAGUGAAUCAAAUUCGGCAGUUCAACCUUCUCUCUCUAUAGAUUUGAUUAUUUAUUCCUAAUCUCGUAUACUCUGAUUUGCUUUGCAUGUGUUGAAAUGCACGGAUGCCAUGAUAUUAUUAUACUUUAAUAACAUUUUACAUUUCCAAGACGUUUAUUUAAAAUAUUUUCACGGAAGGGGUUAGGGCAGAAAUAUAUAGUUUUUCUCUUGUUUACACGUGUACGUGGAGAUUGUAUCGCUGGCGUCAGUAUGCGCAUGCGCAGUUGGUAAAGCGUGUUGUAGGUCUCUAUGACGACGGGUAUAUUAAACCUUUAAGGGCCGGAGAGGGACUAGUAGCAGAUUACGUGCACAGGUGCUGCUCUGCAGACUAGGCGAUAUGUGGGGCAGUUAAAGGGAGCUAUAGUCACAAAGCAACCCGGCUGGAUGAAUUCUUUCACCGCUUUAAUCCAACAGGAAUACUACGCAACAAGCUGCUUGAGCCUCUUCCAGUAAAGACUAUGACUGAGGUGGUUUGCGCAAAGCUUCAGGAGGACUAUGAGGACGACUUUGAGAAAGAACUGGACUGGCUGAUCGGUGAGGAAAGUCACGGUGAAGACCAUGGUCCCGACUUCGGCGGCGUAGAAGCAGAGAUUGACACAGAACUGGAGGAGGAGGACAAACGGAGAGGAAGGAGAAGAAAACCGAAAAGCCACAAGGAGAACAGAGGCAAGAAAACACCGGAGCUGGAAGAAGAUGAAGAGCGGUGGCCUUCGCCUAUGGAGCCAUUAGAGUAUGACCCGGACAGAGACAGCCCCACUAAGUCGUCGCCUACAGUCCCCCCACCGGAUGAACAGACAGAUGAGGAGAAGAAGUACAUUCUGGAGAAGAUCCAGCAGGCCAAUCGAGACUUGCACGACCAAGAAGCUCCAGACAUGGCGAGGCGCAGGCGGCUGCAUUUCAAAGAGACGCUGGUGGACCUGGUGGUGCCUCCGCUGCAAGAUGGGAACGCUGCUGAGGUGGGACGGCUACAAGGAAACAAUUCAGAGGCUGAGGCCGAAGUUUCUGGAAAGCUUUCCGAGCUCAAACUUUACUCUCGUGGGGAAAGCGUAGGAUCUGGCAAAGGCGGGAUGACCAGUGAGGGCGGAGCGAAGGAGGGUAGAGUCCUGGUAGAAAAGGACGGUAAGUUUGAUUUGGUGAGUCUGAAGGAGGUGGAAAGUCAAGGACUCCUGCCUCCUCUGGCGAGGGACUACUCCUCCCAGCGCCAUCAGCAGCCCGCUGCGAGCUCCUCCGCUCGUCCUCGGGCCGGCUCGUCCCCCUUCCAGCAAGGCGUAGACCCCCCCCGGGCGCCCAAACCUCCCGCUCAGCCCAGGGACAGGCCCAGCUCCGCCAGCCACUGCCAGAGAGGCCACCAGGGGAGAGGCAGCAAGCGGCGGGUGCAGUCGGCCACGGGGACGCCCUGCCGGGCCACCUACAGCCUGUCCCCGCAGCAGAAAGAGCUGCUGCAGAGGAUCCACGAGAGGAGGGAGAAACUGGCCAGAGAGGAGGAGCAGAGGAAACGGGAGGAAGAGGAGCAGAAGAGGCAGGAAAACGAGCUGGCGUUUAAGGCGUGGCUGCUGAGGAAGAGACAGCAGUUUCAGGGGGAGAAACGGAUCCAACGAGCCCAGGAGAUGGAGAGGAUGAGUUCUAAGCAGAAAGACUGCAGCGAAUCGGAGGACUCCUUCCGCCUGUGGCUUCAGAGGAAGCAGGAGCAGCAGCAGAGAGAGAGACAGCUGGUGGAGCUCAAGAGGAUGGAGGAGGAAGGCGGAGAACUCCUGCGCAGCCGCGCACAGUGUGAACGUGCCUUUAAAAUGUGGCUGAAGCGGAAACGGGCGGAGAAGCGGGCGCAGCAGCGCGCGGCUCGGGAGCGCGCCCGCAUCCUGGUGCUGGAGGAACGACGCGCGCGACGCACGAGGGAUCUGCUGUGUUCCGUCAACGAGAGCAAACCGUUCCGAUUCACCGAAGUGCCGGCGUACCACUUCUGAACGAACACGACUCACACGCACCACACAACAUUAAAGCCGCCAUUCUGUGCGUAGCUGUCGCUGUGGUUGUGUUUGAUCACUGUUUAUGUGCCGUGUGUGUUUAGUCACAUUUAUAAAAACGGUUUACCUCAGUGUGAUGAACAUGUAUUGACUGAAGCAUUAUUUUAUACUACAUUUGGCAAAUGCACUUAAAUGGAGCCUCUUUGUCAGUAUUUUUAACUAAACACCUCAAUAUCAAUAUUAUUUUGGGGG